CGACCUGAACCCGACCCGUGACCCAAAAUUGACACCCCUACUUUAUUUCAAGCGAAACCUAUUUGAGAUUGCAACAUUGUUUUUUUCAUUUAAGCCCACGCAAUAAUUAAAAUUAUGUUACAUAUGAUUUUAAAUAUAUGAAAAAAAAAAAACAAUAGGCAAAAGUUUCCCAGCGCGGCGAGCAAAAUCGGCCAAAGCCUCCGCUACGCCACACAGAAAAUAAACAACCUCAAAACGAAAAUAACGACCUCCACCAUCCACCUCCAGCCACUAUUGCCAAUUUGCCAUUACUUCCGCAUAAAUCUUCGGGCUUAGCUUUCGUCUUCAGUCGCCCCCCAAUUCCUCCCAAUUCAUCCAUGAAGGCCUGAACCCGCCGCGUAAAGCGUAAAGCACCGACGGGGCCAGCCAAGCGAAGUUUACCGCCACCUUCUUCAAUUCCGUCUCUAAAUUAAAAAAAAAAUGGCGUCUUUGGAGGACAUCAAGAACGAGGCGGUGGAUCUUGAAAGCAUACCUAUUGAGGAAGUCUUCACCCAGCUCAAAUGCACCCGCAAUGGUCUCACCUCUUCCGACGGCGAGCUAAGGCUUCAGCUCUUUGGUCCUAACAAGCUCGAGGAGAAGGAGGAGAGCAAAUUGCUUAAGUUCCUAGGCUUCAUGUGGAAUCCCCUGUCAUGGGUCAUGGAGAGCGCUGCUUUGAUGGCCAUUAUCCUAGCCAAUGGCGGUGGAAAGCCGCCGGACUGGCAGGACUUCGUCGGCAUCGUCGUUCUGCUCAUCAUCAACUCCACCAUCAGCUUCAUCGAGGAGAAUAAUGCUGGUAACGCUGCGGCCGCGCUGAUGGCUGGACUCGCCCCGAAGACCAAAGUCCUCCGCGACGGCCGGUGGUCGGAGCAGGACGCCGCCAUUCUCGUUCCCGGCGACAUCAUCAGCAUUAAGCUCGGGGAUAUCAUCCCCGCCGAUGCUCGUCUUCUAGAAGGAGACCCGCUUAAGAUCGACCAAUCCGCCCUCACCGGCGAAUCUCUUCCAGUCAAUAAGCACCCCGGCGACGAAGUCUUCUCCGGCUCCACCUGCAAACAGGGCGAGAUCGAAGCCAUCGUAAUUGCCACCGGCGUCCACACCUUCUUCGGCAAGGCGGCCCACCUCGUCGACAGCACCAACAACGUCGGACAUUUCCAAAAGGUUCUCGCUGCCAUUGGCAACUUCUGCAUCUGUUCCAUCGCCAUUGGCAUGCUCGUAGAGAUAAUCGUCAUGUACCCUGUCCAGCACCGGCUGUACCGCGACGGCAUUGAUAAUCUCCUCGUUCUCCUCAUCGGCGGAAUCCCCAUCGCCAUGCCCACCGUGCUUUCAGUCACCAUGGCGAUCGGGUCCCACCGGUUGUCGCAACAAGGUGCCAUUACCAAGCGGAUGACCGCCAUUGAGGAAAUGGCCGGCAUGGAUGUGCUCUGUUCAGAUAAAACUGGCACCUUGACGCUUAACAAGCUAACCGUUGACCGCAGUCUGAUAGAACUUUUUACCAAGGAUGUUGACAAAGACGGUGUUUUGCUGUACGCCGCACGAGCAUCCCGUGUCGAGAAUCAGGACGCCAUUGAUGCCUGUAUCGUCGGCAUGCUCGCCGACCCUAAAGAGGCACGCGCCGGGAUAAAGGAGGUUCAUUUCUUACCCUUCAACCCUGUUGAGAAGCGUACCGCCAUUACCUAUAUCGACGAACAGGGGAAGUGGCAUCGGGCCAGUAAAGGCGCGCCGGAGCAGAUCAUCGAGCUAUGUGGCCUUAAAGAGGACGCUAGUAGGAAAGUACAUGCAUUAAUCGACAAAUUCGCUGACCGCGGUCUGAGAUCCCUCGGCGUGGCGCGUCAGGAGAUUCCUGAAAAGACGAAGGACAGCGCCGGUGAUCCAUGGGAGUUCCUCGGUCUGCUCCCAGUCUUCGACCCGCCGCGGCAUGACAGUGCUGAAACCAUUCUCCGGGCUCUCAACCUCGGCGUCAACGUCAAGAUGAUCACCGGUGACCAGCUCGCGAUCGGGAAGGAGACCGGGAGGCGACUCGGGAUGGGAACCAACAUGUACCCUUCAUCAACUCUGCUCGGCGAUAAAUCAACAGAGUUAACCGGAAUCCCAAUCGACGAACUCAUUGAAAAAGCCGAUGGAUUCGCCGGAGUUUUCCCGGAGCACAAAUACGAGAUUGUGCGGAGGCUUCAAGAACGAAAACACAUAUGCGGAAUGACCGGCGACGGCGUCAACGACGCGCCGGCGCUGAAGAAGGCGGACAUCGGUAUUGCGGUGGCCGACGCCACCGACGCGGCGAGGGGCGCAUCUGACAUAGUAUUAACAGAGCCUGGGUUGAGCGUGAUAAUAAGCGCAGUGUUGACAAGUCGCGCCAUUUUCCAGAGAAUGAAGAACUACACCAUCUACGCCGUGUCCAUCACCAUUCGAAUCGUUCUAGGAUUCAUGCUCAUCGCUUUAAUCUGGCGCUUCGAUUUUUCCCCCUUCAUGGUUCUCAUCAUCGCCAUCCUCAACGAUGGAACCAUCAUGACCAUCUCAAAGGAUCGCGUGAAGCCAUCCCCUGUUCCGGAUUCAUGGAAGCUGAAGGAGAUUUUCGCUACGGGUGUCAUCCUCGGCGCGUACAUGGCCCUCAUCACCGUCAUCUUCUUCUACCUCGCCCACGAUACCGAUUUCUUCACCGUCAGUAUUACUAUUUACCCUUGUAUCUUUUUGCAGGAGAAAUUCGGGGUUCAUCCGAUUAAAGAUAAAGCCGACGAGCUCACCGCGGCGCUUUACCUGCAAGUAAGCAUAAUCAGUCAAGCCCUUAUCUUUGUCACAAGGUCGAGGAGCUGGUCCUUCGUUGAACGGCCUGGGAUGCUGCUCGUCACCGCCUUCCUCGCAGCGCAGAUGGUUGCGACGGUGAUCGCCGUGUACGCCUCCUGGAGCUUCGCCAGAAUAGAAGGGAUCGGUUGGGGAUGGGCCGGCGUGAUUUGGAUCUUCAGCUGCAUCACUUACGUUCCUCUCGACGUACUCAAGUUCACCACCCGCCACACUUUAAGCGGCAAGGCGUGGGAUAAUUUGUUACAGAACAAAACUGCGUUUACGAACAAGAAGGAUUACGGGAAAGGCGAGCGCGAGGCACAGUGGGCCGCAGCGCAACGCACGCUUCAUGGACUUCAGACCGUCGAGACCUCCGACCUUUUCCAUGAUAAUAACAGCUAUCACGAGCUCUCCGAAAUCGCCGAGCAGGCUAAGCGCCGUGCAGAAGUAGCACGGCUGAGAGAGCUGCACACGCUCAAGGGACACAUGGAGUCCGUGGUGAAGCUCAAAGGUUUGGACAUUGAGACGAUUCAGCAGCAUUAUACCGUCUAAUAAGGAGAAGCAACCGCCAUUGAUGAGCAAAAAAAGAGCAAAUCAUUUGGUGCCUUAAACUUGAAGGUUCUGGGCCUUCUGGCCUCAAGUUCGAGAAAUUAUUACCUGCGGAGUUUUGAACGUUCGGUCGGAUGCAAAAAAAUGAGAAAUUUAUUCUCAAAAUCUCAUUUUUUUGAACGUCUAAAUGAAUUACUUUUUUAAUAGGAGUUUUGAGCGUAUUUGUACUAAAACAAUUAUGUUGAUAUUUAC